CUGCAGGGGAGGGACAAGGAGGAAGGGACAGGAGGAGGGUAUGUGGGGGUGAGCUGCCCGAGGCUGAACCACUCGACCAGCCUCAGGCAGCGGGCCAGCCAUGUCCAGCCCAGGGCUCACGCUCCUGCUCUUGCUGAUGGCAACACCACCACCUCUGCAGCCCUCCUCACUGGCACCACCGGACACCCCAGAGGGCAAGGCCGCCAUCGUGGGCCUUAUCCUCUCAGCGCUGGAGAGAGCCACCUCCUUCCUGAAGAAGAGGCUGCCUGAAAUCAACCUAGACGGCGUGGUGGGGUUCCGGGUGCUGGAAGUACAGCUAAAAGGUGUUCAGGAAAAGUGGGCCUGGGACCCCCAGCUGCAGUGGCCGAGCCUGCGUGUGGGGAAGCUGGUGGAAAAGCUAGUGCCUCUCCUUCACAGAUCCAUCUUCUACCUCAAGCUGAGUGACCCCAAGUACCUAAGAGAGUUCCAGCCAAUCAUCCAGCCUGGGUUUUGGAAGCUUCCACAUGCCUGGACCAGCACAGAUGCUUCCAUGGUCUACCCCACGUUUGAACCAUGGGACUCCUUCUCAGAGGAACGCAGUGAUUCGUGUCUGGUGCAGCUGCUGGGAACAGGGACAGACAGCAGCCAGCCCUGCAGGCUCUCAGACUUCUGCAGGACCCUCAUGACCAAGCCCGGCUGCUCAGGCUACUGCCUGUCCCACCAGCUGCUCUUCUUUCUCUUGGCAAGAAUGAAAGGAUGCACAGGGGGACUGUUCUGCCAGAGCCAGCACUACAUGAACCUCUUUUGUGCCAACAUGAUGGACCUGAACCGGAGAGCUGAGGCCAUCGGAUAUGCCUACCCCACCCGGGACAUCUUCAUGGAGAACAUCAUGUUCUGUGGAAUCAGUGGCUUCUUGGAUUUCUACAAGCUCCGGUGGCUGGAGGCCAUUCUCAACUGGCAGAAGCCGCAGGAAGGAUGCUUCGGGAGGCCUGAUGCUGAAGAUGAAUUAUCAAAAGCCAUUCAACGCCAACAGCAUGUUUUGAGGAGAGUGAAGAGGCGAGAAAAACAAUUUACAGAUGGCUGUUCCUCCCACAACACAGCCAUGGCUGUGGCAGCCCUGGGGGGCUUCCUCUACGUCCUGGCUGAAUACCCCCCAGCAAAUGGAGAGCUGUGGCAGUCCACACUGGUGCUACCCACAGUCGCUGAGACAAAUGUUUCCACACCUGCCACUGGAAGAUGAAACGGAUGCCAGAUGCCAGUAGUCAAUCCUUCCUCCCUUAAAUCCUGGGUGCCUGGGCCAUGCCCUGACAAGGAGGCAGCAGAAGAAACGACUAGCAAAGCAACCCAGCUUCAUCCCGUCGGGGAGCAGGGCCAGGGAAGGGGAUGUGGGGAUGGAUCCAGGUGUGGAAGCAGAUGAAUAAAUUCAGAGUGCAAUUGA